GUCAAUAUAGAAAAUGGGGUGAUAUUUCAUAUUUGUCUCGGUUGGUUUGUGUGAAACAUUGCUAUUACAACCAGUGUGAAACAUUGAUGGAAUUUCGUGACAACAAAGAUUCAUUUUUUACGGUGUAAUUAGCGUAUAUCUAAUCCCAAAAAUUGGAUUCUAUUCUUGAUUCAAUUUUGAAAUUGUCAGCAAAUUUCAAAUGUUGGUAGUUGCUUUUGCUUCGCUUUUCCCUUUGGUUGAGUUGUCACUGGUCAGGGACAAGAUGUAUAUGCAAGACACUACCUUUUCGCUUUUCAUUUAUUAAAUCCCCAAUUUUGUUAGCAUCUUAAGAUCUUUAUUUUCCCACCCCUCUUUGAAGGCUGGAUAAUGGAUAAGCAUUUCAAGAAUCUAGCAUAAAUUGGAUCGCUUUUGCACUUGAUUGCCAACUAUCCAAGUAGAAUUUUCAUCAUCUUUUUUGCAGGCAUUGCUUGAUGUUUGUGUUGACUCGAAAUCUGAUUAGAAGGGGUGAUGAAGACUCCUGUUUACGAUGGAUUGACUCAAAUGGUCGGUUUAUUGACCUAGGACUCAUUUCUCACGGUUAAGCACAGCUAUAUUGUGAUCGAGUUUUAACAAUGGCUGUCGCCGGUAUGCAUAGUGUAUCUGCUUUUGGUCCCUUUUUUCGGGACUCCCAAACUAGUGUGUCGAGGCAGUGGAGUGAUGAGCCUGGCACGCCUCGCACCCGUGCAUCUUCUCUUUUGAAGAUGUGGCGUGAGCUCGAGGGUGACCACGUGGCAAGCCCUUCUUAUAGGCCAAGGGGGCAGAGAAUUGCCCCAAGGAGUGAUAAUGGGCACGAAUGUGAUAUCUCCGAAGAUGCUUAUGAUACCGAGGCUCUAUCAGUUACACGUUCGGAGAUAGACCAUGAUGAUAACAAUAGUAUCAUAUCCGGACAAUCAAGUGACUUGGGAGAAUUAGAAUGGGAAAGAGUGAGACAGAUAUUUCAAGAAUGGAUGAAGGGUGGUUCCAUGGGCCGUUCGCCUCAUAGUUUCCAUCUAAGUAACUGUUCAGGGCCACAAUGGCUUGGUAAGAAUGAGUGUGAAAGAGUGAGAAUCACGAGAGAAUGGGGGCAGAUGAAUUCCCAGCAGAGAAACAAUCAGGAACUGGUCAGAGAUAGAGGUGCUGAGGCCGUUUCUUGUAUUGAGCAGGUGCGUGAAGGAAUGGCUGUGUCCCAUUGUGAGACUACUGCAUGCCGACCCAUUCGCAGAAUAUGUGGCAGACAAACUCUGCUUGAUCUUCUCCAGAGGGCUCAGUUUGAGAGGAAGGCAGAGCUUCAGGGUCUGUUGGAGCACAGGCCCGUGUCGAAUUUCACCUACCGCAAUCGCAUACAGGUGAUCACACUUUCCUCCGAUUCCCUCGCAUUAUGUUAUGUCUAUGUUAGAUUGCUGUGUAUCUUGACCUUGCACCGUCUUGUCCUGACCUGCUUCACAUGAUACUGAUUUUGUGUUGACUGUCAUGGAGUCUGUUUACGAAGGAUACAAGGUUUACCUUUACCAAGGUUUUAUUUGAUUGGUAAUAUCAAUAAUGAGUGUUUUGAUCAUCCUGGUGAUCAUCCUGGUGAUCCCCAAUAAAUGAGGGGCAUGUGCAAGAAGUGUCUUCGUACGUGGAUGUCAGUCAGCGAGAUGUUCCGUGUGAUGUUGGAAGUGUUGAUACCACAGAAGGCCAAGUUUUGGAGGGAAAUGCAACUGAGCAAAUGUCCACUGCAGAGGGGGCUGGUAUUAUCAGAGGCAGAGGAGAGAUAACUGUAACCAUUAGCAACGAAUUUUCACUAGAAACUGGCACACUACACUCUCUUUGUGAAUCGAGAAGUGGUGUGAGUUAUGACGAGGAAACUGCUGCACAUACUGUUGACAUUGAAGGAAAUGUGGACGAGCGGCCAGUUGAUUCUGUGACCGACAUUGAAGAAUGGGUGGACACGAGCGGAGAAUCUAUGGCUAGAAUCUGGAAGGAAACCUCCGGUAACAAGUUGUUACGAGACACAUCUGAUAACAAUGCUGCAGAGCAAGAUCAGAUGCAAGAAUCACAUGAUGACUGGCCAAACCAUGACUUACAGGAUGCUAUCGAUAGUUGGCUGGCUAUACCUUCUGGAGAGGUUGGUGAUUCCGUUGGAAGACUAAAUGCGUUCUAUUACUCUGAUGACAACAAUGUACACAGUAUUGAACUUCGGGAACUUUUGAGCCGGAGACGCGUCUCUGGUCUUCUUCGAAGUGGUUUCCAUGAGAGCCUUGACCAGGUGCUACAAUCUCACGUGGAAAGGCAAGGUCACACUUCUGCUGAGUGGGAACUGGAGAAUGAGUCUUCUUCUCCUAGCCUAGUUGUUUAAGACCAGCGACAGCAACCAAACGGUGAUCGAGCUAUGGAGGCUACAGAAAGAAAUUCAUAUGAUCCGGCUUCUUCCUUCGUAUCCACUCCCCAGCCACUCUGGGACGAGGAAAUGCAGGGGGCAAGCUUACCUCACUUCAACUCGAGUCAGCAUUUUGGAACAGUAAUUGCACAUUUCCUAAUCCAUUUUGUUGUCAUAGUAUGAGAUGGGAGACUUUCGUCUGUUGUUCUAAAAUAUUGUGCGUGCAUCUUUCCGGUGCUUCAGCAAAGGUUAAGCAACAUGCAAAGCAUGCUGGAACAGUGCAUGGAUAUGCAAAUGGAGCUGCAACGGUCAGUGCAGCAAGAGGUUUCUGCUGCUUUAAACCGCUCCUUGUUAACAAAAGGCAAUUUUGUCUAUGAUGGAAUACAAAUCUUUGUUGGUAACAACAUCUAGCUUCAUCUUAUCCCCAGUGACCAUUUUCACCAUAUGAAAUCCAGGCGCAUCGAACAGGGUGCCUCUUCACGAGGAGUCUCAAUGGGAUUCUGUACGGACUGCUGCUUGUGUCACGACAGCAACAUCGAUACCUUAUUGUACAGAUGUGGUCACAUGUGUACCUGUUCCAAGUGUGCUGAAAAACUGAUCCAGUAUACAGGGAAGUGUCCGAUGUGCCGGGCCCCAGUAGUCGAGGCUGUCCGAGCUUACUUUAUCCAGUGAAUAAAAUUAAAGAAAAUUUAGAGCAUGGUGGAUUUAUCUGAUUCAGAAUGAGGAAGUUGGUUGAUGAUUGAGACAUUUUUCCUUACAGCAACCUUCAUUUUGCAAGUGUUAACGUCAGAAUAAGUUGAUGUUAAGGUCUAACCAAAGUAGGUGUUAUCUCUGACCUGAAAGCCAUUGGUAUUUUGGAUGGCUUCUGCUGUGAAUAAAGAGUAGCAUGAGAGGUUGCUAAUUGGUUGGUGCAUUGCACUGGUGUAGUACUAAAUGAAUUAUGGGCUGCAUUAUUUGUUGUAUAAUUUGUGACUUUGAAGUACUCCAUAUUUAUUUGGAAUGAUUUUUCUACUCAGUA